GUCUUAGUGAAGAAGAAAAAAUCAGCGCGAGCCAGUUGCCAGAACAGGAUUCUAUGCCGUCUUCAAAGUCUAACGUUUUUUCAAGGGGGUUUCCAACGGGGUUUAGCUUGAGUGUAAUAGGUUCUGAUUGCCCAUUCAACGAGCGCUUACUUGGGAACCAAGGGGAUUUGAGAAGUAAUGGAGAGACGAUCGAGCCUACUGCUAGAGGUAAUGAACAGAUUUUCAAACGUCGUUCGAUUCAGGACCUAAGCAGCCAGCAGGUGGAUGCAUUGCGAAGUGCAGCGGGUAGUAAGAGGAGCAGCAUACGGAUGGAGAAGUGGCAGUUAAAGCUUGAAGAACUUGAACUGUCACCGCCGGACUCAAACGACACUUCGAAAGUUGCAAGGCAACAACACGUGAUGGGUGACGACAAGGUCAUUGAGGAAAGGCAGCAGUCAAGAAGGAAUAUGUCUGGAGUUUGGACUGACUCUCCUGAAAAAAAGGAUGAACGUGAUAGUACUUGGACAGACAAGCUUCUGAAGCUAACGGAACCCAAGCCAGCUGGCUCAAAUGAUUGUAAGAAUGCUACAAGGAAAUACACAGUUGGUAAGAACGAAGCCAUUGGGGAGAGACAACAAUUAGGGACGAGUGUGUCUGGCGCCUGGGCUGAUUCUUCCGAGAAAAUGGGAGAUGAGCAUGACUGUGCUUGGAAGAAGAUGGUCCUAGCUAACCUACCUCCUAAUGGAGACCAGAGGCAUAACGAGGAUAGGCAGAAAGGAGAUUUCGGCCUUCGGGGUAUGAGUAUCAUCCUUCAUUUCGAUGGAAGGGAAGACCUCGCCAUGGAGAUUGAAAAGGUGUAGGGUUCGGUUGUCCCAAGGCCGAGUGAGCCCUUUAGAUGUAUAGAUUGUCCUGAGAUGGAAUCGGUGGGGCAGGUUUUGGCUAUUCAUUCUAUUCGACUGGACCUGACAGUCAUGAUGCUUGCUGGGAUCAUCGCCGGUAGUUUUUAUUCCUCAAAGUAGUCGCUCAUUGUAUUCAGUUGUGAACUGUAGAGUCCACUUCCACAUCU